UGUAAGUAGUCAGUCUCCCUUUGCAUAAUCUCUUCCCUACUAUCCAUAACUUAUGAAACGCUUUAACUCAUGUUAGCCAGAAUCUUGAUCUAUGAGCUACCUAGACUUCAUCGACGAGGCAGAUCUGAUGAACCUGAUGGACAUCAGCAUCUACCUAGUCUAUCACUCCAAGCACGUUAAGAUAAAGAUCAGAAGGGAAGAAGAGAGCCACCUCAUCAUCUCUGAGUACGUCAAGGAUGAGUUCCAACUUGAUGGAGAUUUCAAAAUGCAUGACAAAACUGGCUGCCAGAUUUUCAAGGAGGACUUCUAUCAUCUCCAGAACGAAGACUGCAUUUACCUGUCCCAAGGUAAAGAUUUUAACUACAUCACUCUACUCUUGGUCUACAAGAAGGUCAAAUAAGCUAGGUGAGGGAGGCUUCGGCCAUGUAUAUCUCCUCAGGAACAAGCUGAAUGGUGAAGAAAUCGCUGCAAAAUUUGUGGAUCAUGAGUGCCUAAGCAGAGCAAAUACAAUUGAGAAAGCUCUAAAGGAGGCAAGACAUUUGACAAACCUGAAGCAUAAGAACAUCAUUAAUCUCCAAACUGUGUUCAUCUACAAAAGAGAAAUCAUCAUGUUCACCGAGUAUAUAGCAGGAGGCGAACUUAAGGAAUAUCUUUUUAAGAAAAGUAAGCCAUUUGCGGAAUUCGAAGCCAAAAAAAUUAUGCAAGUGCUAGUCUCAGCUAUUGAUUACAUCCAUCAGAACAAUGUAGUCCAUCGGGAUCUCAAGCUAGAAAAUAUCCUGUUGACAGAAUCCUCUAAUCCUUAUAGUCUGAAGCUUAUUGAUUUUGGAAUUUCAGGAGUGCUUUCAAGAGCUGGAGGUGAAAUCAUCCAUGCAGGAACUUUGGCAUAUUCGCCUCCUGAAAUAGUCUCCAAGACAGAUCUGUCUUCAAACCAAAAGAUAGAUGUGUGGUCACUAGGUGUGAUACUCUAUGUUCUUGUGACUAAAAGGUUCCCCUUCUAUGGCCAAAAUGAGUCUGAAAUCUUGAUAAGUAUAUUAAAAGAUGACUUAGAAUUCCCGAUUUCAGUACCUUUAAGCAUUGAGCUCAAAAAUUUACUGACAAAAAUGCUAGAUAAGGACCCAAAGAAGCGUAUCUCAAUGGCUGAUGUACAAUGCCACUCAUGGAUGGAUAAUGAGAAGAAUAAGGCUAUGAAAUUUUACAACAAAUAACUUCCAAAGCCGAGGGUAUGCCCCUCUUCAUGCAAGUCAAUUCAAGAAACAUAAAAAGUCAUCUGAAAGAGCAUCUAGUAAGAAUUCUCUCAAUCGUCUUCCUGGAAAGAAACGUCAGGCUUCUGGCUUUAGCCCAUGUGGGAGUCCUUUAGAUAAUCAGGGAGGUUUCUCACCAGAAGUAAUACCAGUUAGUUUGAGGCGUAAUGAUGCUGAAAAUGCCAAAACUCCAGAGAAUUUCGGAGAUUAUGCGUCUAAAGAUGAAAAGCGAGACUCUCUCUACGUAAUAGACCCGUCCAGCUCCAGUAAGAUAAAGAAGCGAAGCAUGCAUGUUCACUUAAAAUAAGAGGGAUUUUGAAGAUGAGCGCAAGAAGGCACGCAAUAAAAUGACUCCAAUUGAUGGCGAAGAUCCAUUAGACCCCAAAGAGAAAGGUAGCAAGAAGAUUGUAUCCAUUUCAUUACAGGAAAAUGGAUACAUUGAGGAAGAAAGUUCUGGUGAAUCUAGUGAUGGAGAGGUCAAGAUCCCUAAUCUAGACCUCAAGUUUGAUUCCUCAACGUUUAAACAGAAACGAAAGAAGUCUAAACAAUUCUCUAAGACUGGUAAGAGGUAUAAGUCUCCUCAGGCCAAGUCUAUAUAUCGACUGGAAAGGCGAUACUGCUUUAAUGAGAAGAGGCUCAAGGAAAUUCUAAUGAAGCUACACUUACCAUUGUCAUUUCGGAACCUGAGAAUUUUGAAAGAGCAUGCUGCUUCUAGAAAAGAGGAGGUAAUAGAUCUAGCCCCAGCUUUCAGCAUGAUUCGGAAGGGCAUGCCGAAACAUUUGAGAAAAAUGAAUGUCAUCAAUAGCAAGGGGUUAAAGUAGCAUUUUUACUACGGAUAGCUCAAGAAGAGAGAAAUCCAUUGGAGAGUCCAAACAAAUGCCUAGAAUCAGAGGAGCUUCCAAGGAUGAUUUUGACUAUGAUUCGGAUCACAUCCAAGAGAGGAGGCUAUAGUCAGUCAUAGCAAAUCAAAAUUGAGUAACUCAUAUCAAAAGUUACGAAAAGGAAAGCUAUUUGUAUUCAAAGAUACAUUUCUAAAACUCAACAAGAGUUUGGACAAAACCCGAGGGACGAAGUACAACGGGUUCAGAGAGGUCUCGUCAGACAUGGCAACGAUAUCCCCUCAGCACAAGAAGUUAUACAGCAUCGGGAAGAUCUCAUUCAAUUAAGAGUAGCGGUA